AGAGCUGGCCAAUCGCAGUGCAGGGGGCGGGGCUUGUAGGAAUACGGGUGUGGGGAAGUGGGGAAAAAAGCUCCAGCGUGCGGAAUGCGGCGCGCUGCUGCUGCUGCUGCUUGUCUACUGCGAGAAAAGAAAAAGGAAAAAGAAAAGAGACCCGGAGAACAUUAGAGAACGUUACCGGACUGCCGAGAACUUCUCCGCACCGGGCCGCUCAUCGGACUCGCACGGGACUUUCCACCGCUCCUCCGCAGCCGAAGGAUGGAGGGAUCAGCGCUGACGGAGGGAUAAAUUAAAGAUAAAUGAUCUUCUCUGAGAGAAUGCAUCCUUUCACAGUGAUCGAGAACCCCCCAGCUAACUUGCAGUAGAGGACAGCAGACAACACUGAAGUUGGAGGCUCCUUUGUAGGCUCUCAGAAGCCAUCAGUACAACUCCACUACACAAAUGUGCACUUUUCCAGACAGGCAGCUAAUAAAUCUUACCUUGGAUUAGCUCCAAAUAUCAUUAUGACGGAAAUCAAGGACACAACCAGCCGCCACUUGAGGCACAAGCUCCAGAGUCUGGGGCGGCGUCUGGAUGAGCUUGAAGAGGCCACAAGUAAACUUCACAAGGCUGAGGACGAGCUUUUGGACCUCCAAGACAAGAUCAUUCAAGCUGAGGGCAGUAAUUCCUCCUUGCUUGGGGAUGUUGAGGCACUUCGGAAGAGAGUGCUCAAAAUUGAGGGUAAGGAUGAGGAGGUGAGAAAAGCAGAAGACCUUUGUCGUUUGGUAAAGGAGAAGCUGGAAGCAGAGGAGAACUUGACUAAGGAGCUUAAAGCAGAGAUAGAGCGUCUUCAGCGCAGAAUGACUGAACUUGAGAAGCUGGAAGAGGCGUUUGGGAAGAGCAAGUCCGACUGCACCCAGCUCUGUCUCAGCCUUAAUGAGGAAAAGAACCUCACCAAGAAGCUUUCAUCUGAACUGGAAGCACUGAAGGCCCGAGUGAAGGAGGUGGACUCCUCCGAGGCCCGUUUGAGCAGGGCAGAGCAGGCUCUAACUGCUGAGAUGGAGAAACUGAAAGCCCUCACUCAGACGUUUGUGAACGAGCGCAAAAGACUCCUGGAAAAGCAAAGAGAGGAUGAGAAAAUCAUUCUCAAACUGACUGAGAAACUUGAACGGCAGAAGAGCAAAUUGGGUUCAUCAGACCACAGUUUCAAUGAGUCCCGAGAUAUCCGGAUUGAAGAUGACCUCUCAGCGGGACUGACUAGCAAGCUGGCAAGGAAGAAGAGUCUGGACUACCUUAAGCUGUCGGAUGAUGUUGGGUUGAGGAACAAAUCAGAGAAUGAGAAAAACAGCCUAGAGGGGCAGGAGGACAAUAAGAUCAAAGACCUUACACAGGAAAUAGAGAAGCUGAAAAGCCGCCUCAAACAACUGGAGAUAGUGGAGGAGGACCUGAAAAUCUCAGAAUCCAAGAAUGCUGACCUGGCUGAAAAGUUUCAGCAGGAGAGAAGCCGUAGCCAAGCGCUGAAUGACCAGCUUGAGCAGCUGAAGAUGCAACUUUUCAGCAGCAGUAGUAAUGGAAACCUUGCAGUUUCCAACACAGCGAAAGUCCUUGAGAAUGGCAAGGCUGAGAACGAGGAGAUCAAUGUACGAGGUGGUUUCAGGCAGGAGAAGCCGAAGUACAGGAGUGCUGUCACUGAGCCAAGCACCUCAAAGAGCAAAGCCAGAGAUACUUCUCCGCAGCAGCGAAAAUUGAAGAGUAAAGACCUCAGCCAUUCCGUGGAGAAUUCCCCUAAGACUCCACGGCGGGCCUUAAGUCCUGCCCACAAGUUAAAGAAAGCUGGGUUGAAAACUGGGUCUUCAAAUACUGCUGACAAUGGAUUAAAAGAUAGUAAGGGCAUUGAAGAGAAGUUUGGAAGUACCAUUCAGGCCAGCUCUGUGAGUGAUAACAAGAAAGUUUCCGUCCUCAGCCGUUAUCCUCCUGCUGCCAAUGACCAAAAGCCAGGGAAAGUGUCUGCCAAGCCUGCCGAAAGCGAAAGCAAGAAGAGUAGAGUUGAGAAAUUCACCAGGUUGUAUGCUGGGAGUGACAGUGAGUCAAACAAUUCUGAUAUUGUUGUGAGUAGCUCAAAUAAGAAUGUUAGUGCUCCUCCACCUGAAAAGGACAGAUCCCUCGAGCCUUUAGAUCCUUCACAGGAGGCAACUGCUGUGUUGAGUUUGUCCCAGGCAAAUGGAUCUUACACUGCAUACAGAUCCCAUGUAACCCCAUCAGCUCCUAGUGAUCAUGGAUCUGAGGGCCACUCCUCAGCCUCAGAAUCAGAAUCUACUGUUUCAAAGCGUUCAGUGAGCGACGCAGCUUCUGUAACGUCUGCUUUAAGCAGCAGAACAACCAGCUCUAAGUAUCCCAGGUACUCACGACUGCAGGAAUCGCAUUCCGGUGGAUCUUCAACAAGGAGCUCUUAUGACGAAGAACAGCAUAGGGCUCUAAUGACGGAAGGUGGAUCUCAGGAGACUGUUCAGGCUUCCUCCGGAAUUGAGAUCCAGCGGACCUGCAGCCCACGGGAGGCCCUGCGAUCUAAGGCAGUUAUCAAGCCAGCAAUCGUAGAGUAUGACCGCAAGGAGGUGAUGAUAUCGGGAGGGAGCGCAGAACCGCUGUCCACCAAUGGGAAACCCAAGAUCUCCACCAAGAUGACCAGCAGUAUCACUUUCUACCCUAAUGACCCGAGCUCUUCUCGGACCAGCAGUCGAAGCAGCAGUAUCUCAAGUGACCCCUCAUCCAAGGAGCGACACACCUCUACCAGCAAUAUUGUUAUUGGGCCAAGCCCGGACCUCCGAGGUAGCAUCUCCAUCCCUUAUGAAAUAUCCAUUCCCAAGAGUGAGAUCACUCUGCAGCCUGGUGAGGAAGACUGCGACAACUCAGAUCCUCCCGGUGUCUCAGAGAUGGCUCGCGUGGAGACGACCAUCCUGUCCCGAAGCAGCUUCAGUCUUCAGUCGCCAGAAAUGGUGUCUGAUGUCAACAGCACAGAGUCUGGGUUUGAAAGCAACAGUAGCAGCACCACCACAACAGUCACCAGCUGGAGAAGCCUCAGCAACAACCACUACUCGUCCCAGGACGACAGUGUACCAGAAAUGAGGAAUGUGACUGUAAGGAGUGCUUGGAGGAAUCGAGGUGCAGCUUCUGUGGACGAUCUUGGACGGGGACCAAGACGGGAUGGUUCUGACGAUGAAUUGGAGUCUGCCACAACAUGGAGAGCAUACAGAGCUACCACGGUCCUGGAUGCAGACGAAUCCUCAGUAUCCCCUAAUGUCACCACACGAGGUGGAAAGCCAAGUCCAGCAGAGGUUUACAUGCGCAAGAUUAGCAGUGGAAAUACAUCUAAAGAUGUUAUAGAGCCUGUGCAUAAGAGCAAGAGUGUUGUGUCACAACUAGAUAGUGGCCUUCAGAGAUGUAUUCCUCAUGAGCCCGUCACAGCACAGCAGCUGCAGCCAAGGAGCCGAAGACAACCUAACGCUGCGUGUGAUGGUGAAGCCUCUAUGAGCUCCUGGAGGAAGCAAAGUGAGCUGGACUCAUCUGGAGGUCGAUCACCGUGGGCCAGCAGGGGACGCCACUGGAACAGCCGGAACCAUGAUAACUGACCCUCUGCUACACACCUCCGAAAAACAGAUGCCGCUCAGGCUGAGCUUCAUCUCAACUGUCACGCACAUCUACAGCUCUGCAGCUUCAGAGGACCCAUGAACUCUCACCUGGACUACACCUCAGCUCACCUGGCUCACACCUGACCUGACCUGACCUGACCUGCCCUGGCUCGUCCCACACCUGUCAUUACCUGGAUUUGGCUCCUCCCACACCUGGCCUCAGGAGGUCUUGGCUCCUUCUAUUCUCAGCCUUGGCUCCUCUCACUCCUGCCCUCACUGGACUCCCACCUGGCUCUGGCUCCACCCUCACCUAGCUCUGGCUCCUCCCAAAAAAUGCCACUUCUUUUUUGUUGACAGUUCCCCUGUUGCCACUGGCUGUUUACUUCCUCACCUGUGUUCAGGUGGGUGUGACUGGAAUGGCUCUGAACAGAGGGAUGUAGGGAUGGUGAGGGCCUCCAAAGCGAAGGGCGCUAGAUGGAUUUUAUUUUCUAGCACGUCCUGGAUAUCUAAGCUUCGGGUUCACGUGUCACGGCAACGGACAGCAAGGAGCGAAUUAUGAUUUUGUUUUUGAGAUGAAAAAUCAAACAUUUUUUUUUUAUUCUUUUUGCUUUUUAAUACUCAGUUUAGGAGUUAAAACAGCCCAGGUCUGUUCAUCAUAUCAGCACACAGCCGCUUUGCACACGCUCAGUAUCUGACAGAAAAAGAACAAAACACUCCCUUUGCAUGCUGGGAAAGGACGUUUUCUCUGUCCAUGUCCAUUUUUAUGACCAUAUGACCAUCUUUCCGUAUUAAUUCUGUCUGUAUUAGCCUUCCGAGUGCCAAGUCAUACGUUUCUCUCCGUUUCUUUCUUUGAUUUCAGUCAUUUUGCUCCUCGAGUCUUGUUGAAACUGGGUAUGCACACCAGCAAACGGCCACCAGCACAGUAAUCGCAUGCAAUGAGCUCUUCAUUAUGGGAGAGGGAAAAGCUUUAGCAGUGCCGUUAGAGAGACUCUGUUAUGAUCACGGUCAGAUCAUCCGUAACAAACUGGACAAUAAAAGCAUUUGCAAGGUUUGGACACUCUGAGUGCGACUUGUAACUCAACUUUUGCAAGCUUUGCACAGACGGACAAACCGACAGAACUGGCCAGUGAGAGAGCGUAGAAAAGGUUUUAUUCCCAGCGAAAUUGACUGGAUUUGCAGCGCGAAUCGACUCCGAGACUGACCUGCACGCUCCGCUGCAGGAAACGCAUUACCUGCAAUGAUGUGCUUUAGAAAUGCUAGCAUUAGUGACCAGCCUGCGUUCGUACACUUCCUGCUGACAGACUGACAGUGAAGGCUCCGCCUCCGGACACUGUGAUUGGAUAAAAGUGCUUUAGUAUUGCAGCGAUGGCUGUGAUCAGACACGCUACAUUAGCAUGUUGCUCGAUCGAAUGGGAAUGAGCACCGAACCUCCAGCAGCUUAGGGCUUCUUUCUUUUUAAAUAGAGAAUAUUUCCAUACAAUAAAUGCUGUUAUGUACAUAUGCAAUGGUUGCAGUGGGGGAAGCAUACAGUAUAACUGACCUAUCUAAGCUCCGCCCACAAGGGCAUCCUGUCAUGGCUACUGUUGUGACAAGCCUUACAGAAAAAUCCCAUUGAAGCUAAUGAGAAACUCGGUUACCUACAUUUAGUCAAUUAUUCAUUCAGCCUAAUGAGAAACUGUAGAACAGACUCAGUUUAUAUCACAAUACCUACAUUUAGAGUCAGUUAUUCAUUCAACCUAAUGAGAAACUGUAGA